AUGCCUCCUCAUCGUCAACAGCGCAAAUUCAGCGAGCUGUCCUGUGUAACGGCGCGAGACGGUUCGGUCGUCAAGCGUGGCACCAUCGUGCGGGUUGACACGGCAGCGGGUCGCCGCGUCGCCCUUGUUCGCCGCCUGUUCACCCGCGACUGGGACCGCCCGCAUGACCGGGGCCAAGCGCAUGUGCACCAAGGCUACACCCUCGGCAACACUUCCCGCGCGCUUGGUCACCCACUGAAUACCGAGGUGUUUACGGUGCUCAAAGAGGUGGAGCAUGUCAAGCCCGAUGUGUGUCUCAUUGAAAACGUGCCAGGCAUUGCUACGCCUUUCCCCUGUGGCACUAACGUUUUGGAGCAGGUCGUGCAAAGGCUCCUCUCCUUAGGCUAUCAAGUGCGUCUCGGCCAGCUCAACAGCCGUAACUAUGGCUCUCCCCAAAACCGCCAUCGCAUCUUUAUUCUCGCCGUACGCUCCGGACUUCCGCUUCCCGCUUGGCCAGCACCGACGCAUGCCCACGGUCGCCGCAAACUCAACCUCUCGCUCGGUGGAGAGCCUAUCGUCCUAGGCGGGAACAGCGGCGCAGACACCACACGCGCGCUCCGCCCGGCGGUGACCGCGCGCGACGCUAUCGGCGACUUUCCUGAAUGGGACUACUCCGUUCUCGACGAUCGCGCGCCCAACACUGCCGCCCGUGGCUUCGACUUCGGUGAUCGCGUUGGCCUGUCGGACGGCACACCCUACCGCUGCCGGCCUAAAACGAGUUACCAGCGUGCUGCACGGGGCGGCGAGCGCGGCGAGGAAACGGGAGUCAAAGACCAUCUGACCAGUGUCUUCUCCGCACCCAAGGCAAACGAGCCGUACAUUGGUCCCGGUAACAUUCUGCGCUGCAACCCGCACCGCGCGGUGCCCACGAUCCAGAGCAACCCUUUCCCUGGGCGGAACAGCACUCUCACGAUCCACUGGAUGUCACACCGCGUGUUGAGCGUCGCCGAGCGCCGGCGCAUUCAGGGCCUACCUGAUAGCUACAUCCUGCGUGGGCCUGUAAAGGAGAAAGACCGCAUGUUGGGCAACAUGGUGGAUGUGCAUGUUGCGGACGCGCUCGCGGCGCACAUCAAGCGCGAGGUGUUUGCGCCGUCAUGGUUGGCGUGGGGCCGUCCAGCAAGAGAUGAGUUUUGGCGUAUGUGGCGGGCGGCGCAUCCUGUGUAG